AUGCCAGCUGGAAGACCUCUAUCCAUCAUAUCAACGACAGGAUGGCGUCCGGCGUCUUCGCGACUUCGACUUCACCGUCGACAGCUCCAUCUGGCACCCCCGUUCCUCCUAGACACCUAUAUCCCACGAUAUCAUCUGCUCUCCUCAGUCGAUGCAGCUAAGAAGCGGUCGCAUGCAUAUGCCCAUCUGCGGAACUGCAACCUGUGCCCGCGGCUGUGUGGAGUGAACCGCUACGAGAAGACUGGCCACUGUCUGAUCGGAGCCGAGACGGUGAAGGUCAAUGUCAUUGCGCCGCAUUUUGGAGAAGAACCUUGCAUCCAGGGAUGGAAUGGCAGUGGCUCCGUCUUCUUCUCGGGAUGUAAUCUGAGAUGCGUAUUUUGCCAGAAUCAUGUACGUUUUCACAUACUCGUCGUUAUGGCUGAUAGUGCGUGGCUAAACAUCGGCUCGCAGGACAUUGCUCAUCAGCGAAACGGGUUUGACCUCACACCUGAAGAGCUUGCUGGGUGGUAUAUGAAACUCCAGACCGUUGGAAAUGUUCAUAAUAUCAAUCUUGUUACUCCGGAACAUGUCGUUCCUCAGGUUGCCCUGUCAAUUCUAAAUGCACGAGACAUGGGGUUGAAUAUUCCGAUUAUAUACAACACGUCUUCAUUUGACUCUCUUGACUCUCUGAAGCUUCUAGAUGGGCUGGUAGAUAUAUACCUGCCUGACUUUAAGGUAUGGAAGGACAGUACGUCGAAAAGGCUGCUCAAGGCAGAUAACUAUACAGCCACAGCAAUGGAGAGCAUCAAGGCAAUGCAUGCUCAGGUUGGAGAUUUAUCAUUUACAGCAGAUGGCGUUGCGAAGCAAGGGGUUCUUCUCCGUCACCUUGUUAUGCCUGGAAUGGAAGACGAGGGGAUAGAAAUUGUCAAGUGGCUCGCCAACAAUGUGUCGAAGGAUAUGUACGUGCAUAUCAUGGAACAGUAUCAUCCAGAUGCACAUGUUGGAAAGAAGAAGAGGGCAAAAAUCAAGGAUUCUGGGGCAGAAGGGCAGACAGUACGGUACAGUGAUAUAAAUCGACAUGUCACGGACAAGGAACUCGGUGCCGUACAACUUGCCGCUAGGGAAGCUGGCCUCUGGAGAUUCUGUGAGCCUGCAGAACACGGUGGGUUCCACCUCUAA